AUUCGAGCGGCUGCCGGCGCGGCUGAGAGGUGGGCCGGAGCGAUGCCAGCGCGCAGCCGCUACCGCCCCCGCCUCCACUCCGGCUCCCCUCCCCGAGCCCCGCCCCCGCCGCUCCAGGCGUUUCACUCCGGCGAGGCCCGGAGGGCGCCGGACUCCGACAACGGCUCGUACGCUGACUCGGAGGUGGGUCCGGAGAACCUGACUCGGGCCGCGGAGGCAGUGGAAGAGGAAAUGGCUGGUCCUAAUCAACUCUGCAUUCGCCGCUGGACUACCAAGCAUGUUGCUGUUUGGCUGAAGGAUGAAGGCUUUUUUGAAUAUGUGGACAUUUUAUGCAACAAACACCGACUUGACGGAAUCACAUUGCUAACAUUGACUGAAUAUGAUCUCCGGUCUCCUCCUCUGGAAAUCAAAGUCUUGGGGGACAUUAAAAGGUUAAUGCUCUCAGUUCGAAAACUGCAGAAAAUACAUAUUGAUGUUUUAGAAGAGAUGGGAUACAACAGUGACAGCCCCAUGAGUUCCAUGACUCCUUUCAUCAGUGUUCUUCAGAAUGCAGAGUGGCUCUGUAAUGGGGAGCCUUCACAUGACUGUGAUGGACCCAUCACUGAUUUGAAUUCUGAUCAAUACCAGUAUGUGAAUGGCAAAAACAAACAUUCUAUUCGAAGAUUGGACCCAGAGUAUUGGAAAACCAUAUUGAGUUGUAUAUAUGUUUUUAUAGUAUUUGGAUUUACAUCUUUCAUAAUGGUGAUAGUCCACGAGCGAGUGCCUGACAUGCAGACCUAUCCACCACUCCCAGAUAUAUUCUUAGACAGCGUUCCCAGAAUUCCUUGGGCCUUUGCCAUGACAGAAGUAUGUGGCAUGAUUCUGUGCUAUAUUUGGCUCCUGGUUCUUCUUCUUCACAAGCACAGGUCAAUACUUCUGCGAAGGCUUUGUAGUCUGAUGGGCACUGUAUUCUUGCUUCGCUGCUUUACCAUGUUUGUGACCUCCCUCUCCGUGCCAGGACAGCACCUGCAGUGUACUGGAAAGAUAUAUGGCAGUGUAUGGGAGAAACUACACCGGGCCUUUGCCAUUUGGAGUGGCUUUGGUAUGACCCUAACUGGCGUUCAUACUUGUGGAGAUUACAUGUUCAGUGGCCACACAGUCGUCCUAACUAUGCUGAAUUUCUUUGUCACUGAAUAUACACCAAGAAGCUGGAAUUUCUUGCAUACUUUAUCCUGGGUUCUCAACCUCUUUGGAAUCUUCUUCAUUUUGGCUGCCCAUGAACAUUAUUCCAUUGAUGUGUUUAUUGCUUUUUAUAUUACGACAAGACUCUUUUUGUACUACCAUACACUAGCCAAUACCAGAGCAUAUCAGCAGAGUAGGAGAGCAAGAAUUUGGUUUCCCAUGUUUUCUUUUUUUGAAUGCAAUGUUAAUGGUACAGUACCAAAUGAAUAUUGUUGGCCAUUUUCAAAACCAGCAAUAAUGAAAAGACUAAUUGGAUGAAGACCAAUGGAUUCAUGUCUAUAUACAGUCCUUGUUGAAAGUGACUUUUCCUUUUCCCCCUAGGUUGUUCCUGGAUGUCUUGCUUUUGGCCUAUAUGUUUGACAAAGUAAAGUUCCCUGUUCUGAGCAAGGCAGUGAAUGUAGAAAGCAAGAAAGAACAAUCAAGGGGCCUUACCAGUCUGUUUGAACAGAAAGCUUAAGUAGAUGUUUUCUGCCCACUUUAGGCAGAUUUAAUGUUGUGAUUAAGUCAGGCUCUUAUCUUUAUCUAUUGAGUAUUUGCCUGUAGAACUUAAAUGAACUUAAACCAUUGGCUGGUUGAAAGAUUUUUUUAUUUAAUUUCCAGUAGGACUCUAGUCAAAAAAUUAUCUUCAGAGAAAAAUUCUUACCAAGUGAGCAGUCUUCUUCUUUGAACUAAUCUCUGUGGAUUUUUUUUUUUUUUAUGCAACUCUGGAAAGUGAUCCAUUUCACUAACAAAUUAAUUUUUGCCUUCUGAACCAUCUUUAAGAAAAGUAUACUGAAUAUACCAGGAUGCAUGAAACAAGGAGAAUAAAAGGGGCCAUACAUGAGAUGUCAAAGUAUCAGUAUAGUAUUGGCAUUUUUCACCAAAGAUGUAACAAAAGAUGCAAUUCCUGUUUUGUUCUGAAGGUUCAGCAUGACCAUCAGUAAGUAUUCAUGAAGAAAAAAUGGCUGCAUCCAUAAAUAAAAAUAAAAUUGGCUUAAUUUUAUUGAUUUAAGUACCUGGAAUAACUUUGUGCUAUAGCUGUUAGUGAGACAGAUGACAGCCCAAUUUUAUGCUUUUUAAUGAUAUUAUUUAAUGAGAAAAAUAGUGGAGUGUUUUAUCAGAUAAAGUUCUUCUGUUCUUAAGUAGGGAGGUAUGCAUGCAAAGAAUUUUUCUCGUUCUGAAAUUUAUAACAGGUUGCAGGUGUAAUGUAACUUUUUGGUUUUUGAAAUUUCUCAUUCUUGGCCAUCAGAAGCAAGCAGUCUCAGACAUAUUCAGAUAUGAAAAAGUUUUGUUUUUUAUUUUAAAAUAUAGUUAUGUACAUACAUUCUUUAGUCUUAAUUUGGCAGUCAGGAAGUAAUAUAACUUAGUUGCUGUUUACAACACUAGUAAGUAAUUUGACCUCUGUGAUAACAUUUGUCACUUUACUUUUAAUGAUUUUAUUUUAACAGUAGUUCUGACAGUGGUUAUGGAAUUGAAAUUUGAACUCCAACUGAUGAGCUUAGCCACUUGGAAUAUGAAUUGUGUAGUUUUUACAUUCCAUUUUAAAACAAGGAGAUAGAAAAGGUGCUGGUAUAUUGAGGUCUAAAAUUAGGCCACUUAGCAGAAACUUGCUCCUUACGUGGGUGAAAUAUUUUAUUUUUGCACUUUGAAUCAUAUUCCCACUCUGUAUAAGCUAUAGAGGAACCUGAAUGGAUUGGGCCAGAAGCAGAUAUUAUAUAAACAAGUUUCAACUAAUGUUGAGUGACCCUGAUUUAGGUCUACUCUGAACAUUUCUUUUUAUUUUCACUUGAGAAAUGGCACAAGGCAAUUCAAGUUUUAUUAUGCUUUUAAAUCAUAUACUUCAGAAUCUUAGAAUGUCUUAAAUUAUUGAUUCUGUUAUAUGCUGGGGAUGAAAAUGCCAGCAGUUCAUCAAAGGAAAUUGCAUAAUCAUUGGAGGUUGAGGGAUGUUCCUUGUGCCAAUUAGAGUAGUUUGACCCUUGAGGUCAACAGAUGUGUAACUCUCACUUUUUCCAAAUGACAGAACAGGGCUGAAUUUAGUUAGGGACUGGUGUUGGCUUUUGGAAAAAUGGUUGAAAAAAAUCUGUGGCAAUAUUAAUUCAGGAAUGUUGAGUAGGGAGUUCCCAUUGUGGCUCAGUGGGUUAGGGACCUGACAUCUUUGUGAGGAUACAGGUUUGAUCCCUGGCCUCACUCAGUGGGUUAAGGAUCCAGCAUUGCCACAAGCUGCGGCAUAAAUCACUGAUGUGGCUUGAAUCAGGUGUGGCCGUGUCUUUGGGAUAGGUGGCAGCUACAGCUCCAAUUCAACCCCUGACCCAGGAACUUCUAUAUGCCACAGAUGUGGCCGUAAAAAGAAAAAAAAAAUGUUGAAUAGCUGCUAAAUGGUUAACUGCCUAA